AUGACUGACAUAUCGGACACACUCCAUUUAGGUUUUGUUUCCUGUUCCACCGGAUUCUCGAUGGACAAUGAGGACAUGUCUGUGCCCGACUCUCCCUCAUGGGGGUCGGGUACCUUGACUCCCGGCCAAUCUGCAUCCGAGAGACAGAGGGCUGCUUUGCAUUCAUACAUCGAUUCAUUGCCAUAUAAAUGUGAAUCUGUCGAAGAAAUGCAAGCGAAAUUAGAACACAUAAUAUCGAGGAUCAGCAUCUGCGCAGAGACAAAAAAUUGGCUGGUGCUCACGACCUGGGAUGGGAUGCUACAGUGCUGGCUUCUCAUGCAUUAUCCUAUGACCAAGUCGAUGCGUGCAAAGCUAGUCCGCUUGUACUUUGAGCUGUGUCUUGUUCCCGGCAUUGAGCCUCGUGUCGUUCGCAACUGGGCCGACAUGCUUUCUCGUCUUCUCUCGAAUAAACCUGAUCACAGGCGAAAGUUAGAGAGCUCUGAUCUUCAGCUUCCUUGGAAGCCGCUGUGGCGCGUGCUACAGAAGGAGCUCUGGCCAAAGAAGAGGUUGAACGACAGUUCACGAAAUAUGAACAACAUACUCCUCUUCGUUGCGGAACAAUGUAGAAGGUACUUUCCAGCUGACGAAAUACCUGAAAUGCUGCAAACUUUUCUACCUCUGUUGACCAAAGAAAGGGUUCUGACCAUGAUUCCAGUCAUGACGUCAUUUCUACCACCAACCCACACUCAUCUUUUCAUGCCUAUUCUUUUCAAGUUCUGGGAGGCAUUUAAUUCUUCCGUCAUUGACGAUCGGAUGGUUGAGCUCUGUGGCGAUCUCUCAGAAGAGCACGUAGCUGGCGAACAAGGUGACGCAGGAGAGGACGGUGGCGCCGAGUGGAAGGACGUUGGAGUCUGGAGUGAAUCUGACUGGCAUUUCCUUGCUACCAAAGCUCUUGCUUCGAUGAAUGUUCCGAUUGGGGCGACCAGGGGUGCUAGCACUACAGCAGGUAUCGCAGAUAUCACAGGGGAUAAACAGUCCCUUAGGAUCAAGAAACCCAUUAAUCGGUCGAAUGGUUUGGCCAAGCUGUUCGUGUACUCUAUGUGUCUCGAUGGCCCCAUUCGUGAAGACCAUUCGAGGCAAGUCCAAGGCGCAAUUGAUACAUCACAUUCUAUGGGCUUCCUUGCAGGCUCUCGUGCACUCGAUUCAUUGGAUAAAUUAAUCACUAGCACAGAGUCCUACUUUCAUCCUUCAAAUUAUGGUCAUUGGAGUUUAAGCCUGACCCUCUUCGUGCACCGUAUAACCGCUGAGUUCGCGAAACGUUGGAAAGAGGAACAAGAAUCGUCGUGCAGAACGCCAAUAACCCGUCGUUUGACGCCUGACAUUCGUCGUGCAUUCGUAAUGAUAUUACGCACACCUGCGCUGUUGGCCAUGUUCUCUAAGGAUCCGUUCUCAAUGAUCUUGUCAUGCCCGAUCUGCUUGAGCGCGCCUAUAGCGGCCUCGAGAUUGUCAACGAGACGCAUCGCACGACCGCCGUUAUGA